AUGGACUCACCCAAUUCAUUGCCAUAUGUUCCAUUAAUACCAUACAAUGGCACCAUAGCCACUGGCGGCAACUCGCUGACCGAGAACCUCAAUGUCUACUAUCAAGCCGGCGAUAUCGCGUGGAUGCUCACGUCGACGGCGUUGGUGCUGUUGAUGAUUCCUGGUGUUGGAUUCUUCUACUCAGGACUUGCACGCCGCAAAUCUGCACUUUCAUUAAUAUGGCUGUCCAUCAUGGCUGCGGCGGUCGUCAACUUUCAAUGGUUCUUCUGGGGUUACUCUUUGGCAUUCUCUCACAGCUCAGGCCGCUUCAUCGGAAACCUAGAAAACUUCGGAUAUAUGAAUGUGCUCGCCCGGCCGAGCAUCGCCAGCAACUCCAUUCCCGACAUCAUGUAUGCCGUAUACCAAGGGAUGUUCGCAGCGAUCACCGUGGCGUUGGCUGUGGGUGCUGUCGCUGAGCGUGGAAGGAUCCUGCCCUGCGUCAUUUUCAUGUUUGUUUGGACCACGCUUGUCUACGACCCUCUCGCGUGCUGGACAUGGAAUCCCACCGGAUGGUCUAACCGCAUGGGUGGCCUUGAUUUUGCUGGAGGUACACCGGUGCACAUUGCCUCCGGAACCGCUGCUCUGGCUUACUCGUACAUCCUGGGCAAACGAGCUGGCCAUGGCACACAAGCGCUCAACUAUCGACCACACAACGUCACCCACAUCGUCAUCGGCACCGUCUUUCUGUGGGUCGGCUGGUUUGGUUUCAAUGCUGGAUCUGCCCUUGGUGCGAACGUGCGUGCCAUUAUGGCUGCUGUAGUCACCAACAUUGCGGCAUGCGUGGGUGGCAUCACUUGGUGCCUGGUCGAUUAUCGUCUCGAGAAGAAAUGGUCAACUGUCGGCUUCUGCUCUGGUGUCGUCGCCGGCCUGGUCGCAAUAACUCCCGGAUCUGGCUACGUGCCUCCAUGGUCAGCCGUCAUCUUCGGUAUCGUCGCCGGCGUUGGAUGCAAUUUCGCUACGCAAUUGAAAUACUGGAUUCAAGCCGACGAUGCGCUCGAUAUUUUCGCUGUCCAUGCUGUCGGUGGCUUCAUCGGAAAUAUAUGUACCGGAUUCUUCGCAGCAGACUACAUCGCUCACCUUGAUGGAGUCACUGUCAUCCAGGGCGGUUGGGUCAAUGGCCACUGGAUCCUGCUUGCUUAUCAGCUAGCGGACAGUAUCGCGGGCAUGUCGUACAGCUUCGUCAUGACCACCCUCAUUCUCAUCGCCAUCUCCUUCCUCGCCCGCUUCUUUCCUGCUCUCCGCCUCCGCGCCACUGCCGAGGAAGAGGAGCUAGGGAUUGACGACGUGGAGAUCGGCGAGUUUGCUUAUGAUUAUGUCGAACUCGUGCGCGAUGUUAAGCCUGCGGGAAUUGACGGCCAGGAAGGCUUCGACGAGGACGAUGACGAUAACCGGAGUCAGCAGACCAAUAGCCAGGUCGCCAUGAAGCCGGAGAAGAACAACUUCUUCCAGAUGCGGAAGCUGACCCGCGACUCGGUUGCUUCGAUGGAAUACUCGCAACAACAUCAUCACCAUGGUCACUACCACAAUGCCUCGUCUAUGGACAACACAACAGUCACACAGCCCAGGAGUCUCGGUCCUGCUGCUAUAUGA